ACGACUAUCCGGCAAUAUCUGAUAAAUCCGGUGUUGUAGUUUGUUGCCAGUCGUGCAUUUGGUUACGUUCAAUAUUGUCGUUUGCUCUGUGAUAAAAUAUACAAUCAUCGAAGUUUAUUAGCAAUGAAGAGUAAUUGAACCCAAAGAUGAAGUACUGGCAAGUGGUAACAGGCCUCCUGGUGGCCUGGCUGCUGGUCAUCAUGUACAUGAGCAUGUCUGUAUUCCCAAACACAAACGACACAAACCAGCGCACAGAAAUCCAGCUGCAGCGGGCGCUUGAAGAACUCGAAAAACUGCGCUCACAAAACUCUGAACUACACUCUUUAGCAAAGCAAAUAAGUUCGUUGAAGUUAUCAAUUCUUCACUACAGAGAGCUGAAGUUUGAACGCUCACCUAAUGAGGACGGGGGUCAGGAGCUGGCAAGUCUGAAAGAAAGGCUGGAACAGGCUCAGAGACAGCUUGUUUACAGGGCGCAGCAACAAGAGGUCAAACAGGAGGUCAGAGGUCAACUGACAACAGGGAACACUGACGGACCAAGUCUGGAACACGAGGUGGCGCGGCGGGAAGUGGAGCGAGUGUCUGAAGAGUUUUGGAUGUACAUACGCGCGGAGCUUACUCAGAUUAAGGAACAGGCCUCUGACCCUGACCUUGUGAGAAAGGUCAACAACAUACUCGAGAUAUCGGCAGAUAUACACAAGAAGUUGAAGAAUGACCAAAGCAAGCUGGCCAACAUGGUUGAUGGGACAGGGAAGUGGCGCAAGAAAGAGGCCCAAAGGUUGACUGACCUCGUACAGAGGAGGCUCGAACAUCUUCAGAAUCCCCCAGACUGCAAUACGGCCAAAAAGAUGUUCUGCAACCUGGGUAAGGGGUGUGGCUAUGGGUGUCAGCUGCAUCAUGUGACCUAUUGCCUGAUUAUGGCAUACGCCACCCAGCGCACACUCAUCCUGCAGUCGGAGGGUUGGAGGUAUGCGUCCAAGGGCUGGGAGUCGGUGUUCCUGCCACUCAGCAAGACUUGCCGCACCACUGGCGGUCAGACCACCUCGCGAUGGGGACCAAAUUCUAUGACGGAUGAUGCACAAAUCAUCGAGCUCCCUAUAGUGGACAGUCUGUCUCCACGUCCCCGGUUUUUACCGCUAGCGAUACCAGAGGACCUUGCUGACCGCUUGACCCAUGUCCACGGCGACCCUUCGGCCUGGUGGGUAGGUCAGUUUGUGACCUACUUGACCAGACCAAACGCCAUGCUGGAGCAGUUUCUUGAUGAGGCCAAACAAAAGCUGGGCUUUACCAAUCCUAUUGUGGGAGUGCACGUGAGACGGACAGACAAGGUAGGCAUGGAGGCCCAGUUUCACAGUGUUGAUGAAUACAUGCGUUAUGCCAAUGAGUGGUUCGAUAUUUACGAGAAGCAGCACCCUGGAGUCCAGAGGAGGGUGUACCUGGCGUCAGACGAUCCAGGGGUGCUGCAUGAGGCCAAAAAGAAUUAUCCCAACUACAUUUUUGUAAGUGACAACGAGGUCUCCAAGACUGCAAGCCUUGGCAGUCGCUACACGGAUGCCUCCCUACGUGGCGUUAUUCUCGACACUUACUUGCUGUCACGAUGCAAUUAUCUUGUUUGUACCUUCUCAUCUCAGGUCUGCAGAGUGGCUUAUGAGCUGAUGCAGCCACUGCACGGAGAUGCCUCGGAGUGGUUCAAGUCUCUUGAUGACAUCUUCUACUUUGGUGGGCAGAACGCACACAACUGGUUGGCAGUUGAAGACCACCAGAGUCGCCGUGAAGGAGAGAUAAGCUUCAACGCCGGGGACACGGUUGGAGUGGCGGGAAAUCACUGGGACGGGUAUUCCAAGGGUAGAAAUGCAAAGACAGGGAAGUCAGGUCUUUUCCCGUCUUACAAAACUGUGAAUAAAAUAGAUAGGGUGAAGAUGCCUACGUACCCUGAAGUAACAGAUUUGUGAUGACUUAAGGCUGUUUUUUUAAUUUUAGUUAGUUUUAUGUUUGGUUAUAAGGAAAAUUUCAUGGUGUUUAUUUUUACAUUUUGUUGCAAUAUGUCUGUCGCAAGUCAAAUCAUUUGUACGCAGGUAGGUAUAGAACAUCGUCAAAUUUUUAUACAAAUUUCAAUUAUCAUAUUUACAAUACAAAUUGCUAGUCAUUUUAUGUAGAAAUAAACCUAUACAUAUUUUAAUAUAUGAAUAUUGACUUUGUAACUUAUAUCAUGUUAGAUAGAUAUAUUAAAACCUCUUUUGUUGCUCAAUAGUUCAAUAUCUACGCAGUAAAUUAUAUAAGGAUAUUGCAAUUGCUAUAUGCUUUUUUUAUAAUAGUGGUGUGUGUUACAAACAUACAUACAGGUGUUGUAAACCUUAAUACAUAAGGGAUUCUUUUUUUGUCCUCUACUGGUUUCACCGGAGGGGACUUAUGGUUUUCGCUCUGUGUGUCUGUCAGUCUGUCUGUCAUUUCCUUCAUCCUCUACAAAAUGUAUUUAAAUAAUGCCCAUGAUUUGAAGUAUGACCACAACCCAGGGGGUCACAUUUCUUUAUGACAAUAAAACAACUAAAUAUCACUGAAACAACUAGGCAGAGAGCUUUGAUAUUUAGAUCAACAAACAAUCACUGAAACAAGACAGUCCAGAGCUUUGAUAUUUAGAACAACAAACAAUCACUGAAAAAAAAUUGUCCAGAGCUUUGAUACAUAUAGAAAAUUUGAUUCCAUAUAGGUUGUGUGCUUGACUCAUGUGAAAAUUAUUGAAGGCUGUUGAUAGGCAUACCUUACAAUUAUACUAGGUCCAGGCAGUUGUUCUCCAUUUUAAGAUUGUUCUCAUACAUAUUAUAAAAUACAUACAUAUUAUAAAAUACAUAUUAGUUUAGAAGAACAAACAAUCACUGAAACAAAAAGGUCCAAAGCUUUGAUAUCUAGAACAACAAACAAUCACUGAAACAAAAUUGUCCAGAGCUUUGAUAUUUAGAACAACAAACAAUCACUGAUAUUUAGUAUGUAACAUCAGGUUUGGUCCUUUAAAUAGUUCAAAUCAUUCCUCUGUUGUCAAAAUCAGCCUAGACCCAGGAGUUACAUGAUUUAAAUUGACUUGUGUAGCAGAAUCACUUUCAAAAGCUCGUAUCUUAAAUGUACAAGGUCCUGAGGUGUAACUAUUGAUUGGUAACUUUGUAAAAUGGUCAUCUACAAUUUUUCAAUUUUAUGCUCCUGUAGUCAAAAGUAUUCCUAAGCCAGGUGUCUCAAGUAUAAUACCUUUCAAUUGCAGUUUCUUAGGUGAGCAUUCAAGGAUUGUCUUGUUAUUAAAAAUAAACAAUAUUUAUUUUCCAUCUAGGUUGUGUGCUUGACUCAUGUGAAAAACAUUGAAGGCUGUUGAUAGGCAUACCUUACAAUUAUACUAGGUCCAGGCUGUUGUUCUCCAUUUUAGGAUUGUUCUCAUACAUAUUAUAAGAGAUAUACAGAAAAAAACACAUUCAAUAUAAUAAUAGACUCUCUAACUUUUUAAUGUAUAGCUUUUGUAUAUGUGAUAGCUGUUGAUGCUUUGCAAGUUAAUCAUUAUGUACAUCUUAAAAUUGUGCAUAUUACAUUGGCACCAAACGUUUUUACACCAAAAUUCAAAAUUUCAACACAUUAUUUUUGGCAUGAUUUAAACCAAAGAAAAAAGUGCUUAUGAAAUAGGAAUGUUUUUUCAAUUAUGUUUUAAUUGUUUUUGGUUGAAUAAUAUGUAUCAUAUUUUGUAAAUGAUUUUAAAAACAUUACCGGUACAUUUGAUCACAUUUAUUGAUGUUGAGGCAUUAAACAAAAUAUUAAUUUUUUAUAUUUUAAAAUAUUUCAUCUAUGUAAAUUCAUCACAGUGAAUCAAAUGUAUGUUUCUGAUUCUUUUUAACACAUUUGUUAUUAUCCACAAUAUUGAAUUGUUCCAUAUUGUUUCAGAUAUUAAUAAUUCUUAGUCUCUGAAAAUAUGGUGUUUUUAACCUUGUUGGAGUGUGAAAAAUGUAAAUAUAUAUUCUUUAAAUAUUGGCAUCGUUAUUGCCAGAUUCAAUACAUUUCAUCCCAUCUUUAAUUGAGCAAUUUCAAAAUAAACUUAGUUUUAUUUCAGCAUUAAAGUUUAUAGAGCUGUUGUGUGCACAACAAUCAUGUCAUUUUGAUUUUUAGUGUAAUGUCAUUUGAUGUUUAUUGUAAUAUUUAGCUUGGCUGUUUUCGAAGAAAUCCCGAGGUAUUGUCAUAGCCAGCUCGUCGUCUGCGGUCUGCUGUCUGCACUUUGCUAAAACCUUGACAUUUGUCUCUAAAAUCAAAGUGCUUCCACCUACAACUUUGAAACUUCAUUUGUAGAUGCACCUUGAGUUCUACAUGCCACACCCAUUUUUAGGUCACUAGGUCAAAGGUCAAGGUCACUGACCUCUUAAAAAAAAAAAUCUGACAAGCUUUCAUUUAUUCAAAACUGCACGCGCAGCCGAGCAUUGGAACCCGUUAUGCGGUG